CCGCGCCUUCGUUCUUUCAUAAGGAAGUUAUCGAAGAGGGAAGACGUGUUGUGAUAGUUAGAGAGAAAAAACUUAAAAUUAUUUAAAAUAUUCGUCGUAAACGUUGAAGUACUGAUUGUGGAAGGAUGCCUGAUAGUUGCUGUGUACCGAAUUGUACGAACAGACGCAAGAAAGGCGAUGGAAGUGGUGGUUUUUUUCGAAUUCCUUCGAAGAAAUACCCAGACGUCAGAAAAAGAUGGUUGACUGCGAUUGGCAGGGUGGAUUGGCCAGAACAGCUAAUUGGAAAUGCUAAAGUAUGCCAUCUGCAUUUCACAUCUGGAAAAAAAUCAAAGGACCCACUGAGCCCUGAUUUUGUGCCAUCAGUUUUCCACCGAAUUGGGAAAAAAAUGAGUGAGGAAAAAAAGAAAGAGAAACAGGAUCGAUUCCAACGUGCACGUCUGAGAGUUAAGCAGCGCUCAAAUCUUCCUGUUGUGGAAGAGCCCAGUGAAGUUUUGGAACCAGAGGAGGAAGAGCUAAGCCCACAAGAUAUGGAGAUUGAAAAAUUAAAACAAAAAGUGACAGAAAUAGAGAAUGUUGUGAAAGAAAAAGAAAAUAACAUCAAGGAAGUGACUCGAAAAUACUGUAGCAUCCAAAAUGAACUUGUCAACAGGAUGGCUGAAAUCCAUCAGUUAAAAAAUAAAAACAAUUUGUCAAGAAAAUUCCAACUAAAUUAUGGACAUUUGAAAAGUCAUUAUCAAAAAUAA